CCUUCUCUCUAUUUUAUAAACAAUCAUACCACUAGACAAUCAACAAAUAAAAAAAAAAAUGCCUCCAAAAUCAUCACUUUUACUCCAAAGAAUCAAUCCCACCACCACUUCUACAACCACCACCACCACCGCCACCUCCGGUAAACAACUACAAAGACGUACACCAAUACCAUGUACCACUGAAGUCCCCGAUUCCGUCACUACUCAUCAUACUCAUUCCGUUAGCCCAAACCAGUGUUGCUCCGCCGUGAUCCAACAUAUCUCCGCCCCAAUCUCCACCGUUUGGUCCGUCCUCCGUCGCUUCGAUAACCCUCAAGCAUACAAACACUUCGUCAAGAGCUGCCACGUCAUCGGUGGUGAUGGGAACGUGGGGACCGUCCGUGAAGUGCGGGUCAUCUCGGGUCUACCCGCUGCUAAUAGCAUGGAGAGACUUGAGAUCCUUGAUGAGGAACGCCACGUCAUCAGCUUCAGCGUCGUAGGCGGGGACCACCGCCUGGUGAAUUACCGAUCUGUUACCACCCUCCACUCCGAUCAAAAUAAUAUUGGGACGACGACGAUCGUUGUCGAAUCGUACGUUGUUGAUAUACCACAUGGGAAUACUAAAGAAGAAACAUGUGUGUUUGUGGAUACUAUUGUUAAAUGUAACCUUCAAUCUCUUGCCCAGAUCGCUCAGAAUUCAACAAGACGAAAUACUGCUAGCUAAUUGAAAUGAGGUACGUAGAGGUGUCAAAUGAACUGGUUGAUCAGUUUCUUAUCAUCAAGUCUGUUCAAAGUUUGCUUGGAGUCAAAAUAGAUUGGUCAAAAUGAGCUAAAGAAUGAAUCAUAAAAUUAUGAAUUGGGGGAAUUGAGGUCAUCAAAAGAGUUAAACACAUUAAAACAACUAAUGGAUCAUGAUGCUUUUUUUUAAAAUUUUUUUAUCAGAAGAUAUCUUUUGGGUACGAAUUAGAUCUUAAAAUAAUUCCUUUUUUUUCUUUCAUAUUUUGUUGAAGAUAUGUUCAAUAUCAUAAAAUUUAAAAAAAGAUUAAUUGUAAUAAACUUAUUAUGGUAGGAAUUUAAUUUGU